CGAGCGCUUCAUCGCGUCCAGACGCAAAAUCUAGUUAGCCUUGCGACACACAUCACCGCCCACGAUGGCCUGCUUCGAUCGCGAAUCCAAACUGUGGCGGGGCAAAAUUCAGCCGAGCAUUCUCAACCCGGAGGCAAACAUUGGUCAAAUCGUGUGGAACCUUCUGUCCCGCACGCCGGAAAAGAUCAUUCAAAUCGACGCCGACCACGGUAGUCAUUUGCGGUGCGACGAGAUGAAACGUAGAAUAGUGCGGGUCGCGUUGAAUCUCCAGCAACUGGGAUGCCGUCGAGGCGACAUGGUUUCGUUGGUUUGUACCAACAGUGAAAAUGUAGUUCCAGUUUACAUGGGAUGCCUUACGAUAGGAUUGGUGGUGAAUCCAUUGGCACCGGUGUUCAACCGGGACGAUUUGGCUCACAUGAUGCGACAAACGCAAUCGAAGGUGGUGUUCUGCGAUGAAGAAAAUCUAAACGUUGUACAGCAGGCCGUUAGGGAAGCCAUCAAAGAUAAACCGAUGAUGUUCGUGUUGGGGAAGAGUGCAGGGAUGUCCAAGGGGGUUGAUACGCUGCUUGGAUCUGUGGAAGAUGAAGAUCAAUUCGUGCCCGAAUAUCUAGGCGAUUCAAAGAAAUUGCUAGCCAUUAUCCUAUGCUCGUCUGGAACAACAGGGCUCCCGAAGGGCGUCUGUUUGUCUCAUGCCCAUUUGAUUGAGAACGAUGUCUUCACUGAAGAACUGGACGCCGGCCCGAUUUUCAACUACAGUGCCCUGUUCUGGGCAACGGGGAUGUUUGCCGUUCUGACGUCGCUGUACAAUCAGCGAGCACGCGUUAUCACCAGACAACCGUUCAGUGAAGAAGCACUGAUAGCCAUUAUUGAGCAGUACAAAGUGGAGGAUGUUUUCACUCCUCCGUCCUAUGUGGCUUCGUUGGUAAGCCAUCCGCGCUUUGCUGGGGCAGACUUCAGCAGCGUCAAGCGGUGGACCAUGGGCGGGGCGAUCGUAUCCGAGGAGCUGCGAACCAAACUGGCAAAUCGGCUGCCGAAUGGCGUAACAAAGUCCGUCUACGGUACUUCGGAAAUCGGAAUCAUCACGGCAGCCGAUACUCCGUUCGUCGCUGGAUCGGUUGGAACGUUGAUUUCGAAUCUGGAGGUCAAGGUCGUCGAUGAGUGCGAUCGGAGGCUCGGUCCGCUGGAGCGAGGUGAAAUACGACUGAGAUAUAAGCAUAAGAUUUUGGGGUACCUCAACAACGAGCAAGCCACGAAGGAUGCAUUCGACGAGGAAGAUUUUUUCAAAUCCGGUGACAUUGGUUAUUUCGACCAGGGCGGGUAUAUGUACGUGGUAGACCGGAUCAAGGACAUUAUCAAGUAUAAAAAUUACCAAAUUUCGCCAUCGGAUUUGGAAGCCUUGAUCGAGAAGAUCGAUGGAGUGAAGCAGGUUUGCGUGACGGGAGUUCCGGUGGAGGAUCGAUCUUCGGAUCUGGCAACGGCUGUCAUCGUGCGGAAGGAAGGCUCGGGCCUAACGGAAAAGGAAGUGUUGGACAUAGUCAACGGGCAGGUGAGCGAUCAUAAACGGCUGAGGGGUGGGGUGCAUUUCGUGGAUCGACUGCCGACCUCGGCUGCUGGAAAAGUGCUGCGACGGGCCGUGAGGGAGAUGAUAACAAAUUAAUUUGACAAUGAGUAGUACCUGAAGCACUUUUUUUUUAAUUCGUUUAUUUGUUGAGCCAAAAACUCUGCGGAGCCGAGUAAAGUUGAAUAAAUGUACAGAAAAGAAAGUUCUUAGUGUCGGAUUUUUUUUUUACCAAAAUAAGUUCAUUUGAUUAUAAAUGGGGGCAUCUACUGUUUUGCCCUGUAUUCCCUCUAUUCGUAACUGGAUUAUCUUCUGUUUUUGCUUUUCGGUCUUUUUUAUGCUUCCACAAUUCCUGACCAGUAGUAGGGGAAGACGGGGUAAAACUGCAACACUAAGCUUAAAGUACAAUUAAGCCAAAUCUAUUCCAAAUUUCAGUAAUAAAUUAUGUUAAUAGCGCAA